AUGCCGAGUGCUUGGUCGGCCACAUAUACACUUUCAACUCCGGUUCCUGGAACGGGACACUCGCAAAAUGAGAGUGUAAGACGCGCAUCUGCCACACAGACUUUGAGCGUGCCAGAUGUGCUGGAUCGGCCGCGCGACAAGACACGCGGCGCGGAAGUGAGUCAUAGUGCACUGCAAUUCUUGUUUGCCGAGAUGGUCAUAUAUGCGCAGGGUCGUGUGUCUGGAAUAAGUGAGUUUGAGCAAUUACUAGGCUCGAUGGGCCGGCAGGUGGGACUUCGGGCUUUGGCCAUGCAAACACAGCGAGCGCAGUCGGCGUCGAAUCCAAAAAGGCCACAGCGCGAGACGCGCCUUUUGAAAACGCUGUUAUGGGUGCAUUCGACACUAUGGAAGGCCGUGUUCGGUGUACAGGCCGAUAAUUUAGAGCGCAGUACGGAGAGUGAUCGUUCAGAUGAAUAUAUGAUUACGACCAAUGUGCCACUAUUUUCACGAGGGAUCUCUGUACCAAAAGAAAUGACGCAACUCAGUGUCGAGGCGUAUGCGGCAGGGAUCGUGGAAGGAGCAUUGGAUGGACUAGGCUUUCACGUGUGA